AUGUCUACGUUUAGGAGGGCACCGCAGCCGGGCAGGCCAAGUAUCCUGAGCACGCUGCAAGCGACUUCGAUGGUAGACACGAAGGCUGCAUUGCCUGCCGAGAUCAUGGUUGCCAUCCUCGACUACCUGCCCAUCUCGGAUCAGAUUCGGUUUGCGAGGACGUCUUCGCGUAUGCGCGAAAUGGUUUACGAUGACACAAGGUGGAUAGCAAGACUGAAAAGCAUGGGCUGCUGGAACGAGGUGGAAGCACGGCGGAGGUUCGAAGAAGCCAUGAAGAGGAAGCGCGCCGCCGCAGCACGAGCCAAUGCAAACGGCGCACCAACCCCAACCGCCGUUAGACAGGAAAACACAACGAUUUUCGAUGCAGCCGUAGAGGAGGAACGACGCAAGAAGCAGGAAGCCGAAGCUGCUCAGCCACCAGAGGCGAAAGUGGACGGCUUCGAAACACUGGGCCUGAACGCGUCCCAACGUUCCAAAUCUCCGUUGGAAGACCCCGCCGCACUUACAGACGUCCUCAAGAACGUCCGUAGCAUACGGGGUUACGCGAGACAGGAGUUCGGGAAGAUAUAUGGUGCAUUGGCACCUUUCUACUUCGAUCUAGGACGAGCAAAGACACAUACCGAACCAAUCGUAUUCAGGGUCUUCCGAGAUCCCGAGAGGCAGGCCCAAAUGCUUUCCAACCUGCAGACAUUCAGCAGAUGUGACUGGGCCGAAGGGUGGUUUCAACGAGAGGAGAAAGUUGUGAACAUGGUAAGCAUCUUCGAAGGUGCGGUCUUGCGAGAAUUUGAGCAAGGUUACGAGUUUUGGGACGUUGAUGGCAGAAUGCAACGAUACGCGCAUGUCCUACAUGCACUGAAUGGGGGCAAUGCAGCCAUGGAACUUUUCAUCCACAAACAUCCAAUAUUCAACGAUCGAGAGGCGCUGGGUAAUCCGAUAAACUGCAUCAACCAAGCCGAUCGCGACGAUAUCACACUCGAGCCUUCCCGUGCGUUCUUCGAACUGCUCAUGGGGAAAGUGAAUGAGCAAAGCGACAUUAUAAGUCGUAUCUUUCCCCAAGCUGCCACCGUGUUCUGGUCAUUCGCGGACAAGGUUCGGGAAGACAUCAUCAUGGAAUACAUCACUCCGCUACUGGACGACGCCCACCAACGACAUAUGACUUCCUACCUACGAGCCGUAUCAGGUCUCUUUGAGCAGUGCAUGGAAUUUGUACGUUCACUCGAGCCACCGAAUAACUCGGAGGGGACGCUGGAAGAUCAUGCGAAGGAAAUAGCUCUCAUGGUAUUUGAGCCGCACUUGGAUCUGUACUUGCAAGAAGAGUUGGACAGUUUCACCAAAUAUGCGGAGAAAGAGGUCGGUGACUGGGAGCAGAAGCUUUCAGAGCAGGAUGCAACGGUCGAGUCGUUCUACAUGGGAAACUUCAACCGCCAAACCGACAAAAAUGACUUCUUGAGCUCCUUCAAGAAAGUGGUGAUGAUGCCUGCCACUGUACUUCCCAGCUUUGGGGGCAGCAAAACCGCCUCGACAGCUCCUACUAACGGCUCCUCGCUCCGGCCUGCCGCGGCUGGUACGCCUGCAUCGUCUCGGCCACAGACACCGGGUAUCGGGGGAGGUCUCGAACGGUCAGGCAGCCCGUUGCCUUCCGAAGCACCCCAGGACGAACUGAACGCCAAAGCUGCAUUGAUGGCAAAUCGGCUGGAAGGGAUUAGAAGUCUCUUCAGCAUCGAAGUCGCCCUGAGUCUUGUGCAUGCCGCAAAGACAAGUUUGGGUCGGGCAGCUAAGUUCGUUCGCCUAGGUGGACACGCAGGAGAGGAGGCUCGGGAGCAAUGCGAAGCCAUGUUCGUGGUCUUGCUCAAAGUGCUUGGGCAGACACAUGUCAAGAAUGGGUUUACGAAGGCUGUCGAUCAUCUCUCACGAUACAAUCCUCGUGAGAUCAGUGAUCAUAACCAGGCGGGGGUCGCUCCGCUCGUCAUGUUCAUCGAGCUGGUCAAUGUGGGCGAUAUUAUCUCGCAAAUGAUCGACGUCUUUUAUGAACAGCAGCUCGCAGCACCAAAAAUCGCUGACAAGAACGAUUUUAUGGACCCCGCUGGUCUAGCCAAGAAGAAAUUCGAGCAGAUGUUGGAUGAGAGCGUUGCAGCCGGGCUCAACAAAGGGAUCGAUGUGCUCAUGGACGAAGUAGAAUACCUAUGCGCCACGACACAACUCCCGACGGAUUACAAUCCACCCCCGCCGUCUCAAGAAGCGGGUUUGUCAAAAGACCUCGAUAUCGGACCUACAACCACAGCGAAACGUAUAACAGAACUUGUGUCUUCACACACGAAGAUGCUGGUAGGAAGUACGGAGAAGACCAUGCUGGACGUCUUCAACAGUGAGGUUGGGCUGCGGCUGUUCACGGCUGUCUGCAAGCACCUCAAGCGCCAGCGCAUCAGCACGGACGGUGCAAUCAAGCUGAUCGCGGACAUGACUCUGUACUUUGACUAUAUCCGCACGCUCAGGAACCAGGACCUGUUGGCGUACUUCAAAGCGCUGCGCGAACUGAGUCAGAUCUACCUGAUCGACGCCAAACACGCCAAGGAGAUGGCGACGAUUAUUGCCGACGGCGAUCGGUUUGGUGGGAUAUUCCGAGCCGAGGAGGUUUAUGAGUUCGCCGAGAGGAGGGCCGACUGGUAUCAGGUCAAGAGAGCUGUCGAGAGGGCUAUGUAUGGGUUGGAAUGCCAGCUUAUGUGA